UACUAUUCUCUUAAUUAACUCUCUUUUCUCUCAAACCAAUGGCAAUUUCUUCCAAGCUUUUUUUGUCAUUUGUUUUAGCUUUCCUUGUUCUAAUUUUUACUCUAGAUGAAGCAAAUGGUGCUAUUAGUGGAAAAACUAGAAAAUUAAUUGAUAUGGCUAACAAAAAAGGACCUUAUUUGGGAUUAGUCAUUCCUAAUUUAUUUGAGAUGAAUCCUCUUCUUCAACAUCCUAGUUAUAAACCUAGUGAUCUUACCAUUGAUUAUGCUGGGAGGAGAUUUCGAUUUGGACGCAUUGAUAAAGAUAUGGAGAUGGCCCUGAGAAUGAACUACCCCUUGAAGUAAAUGGAGAUUACACAAGAGAUAUUGGUUACUUGAAAAUUGCAGAAUACACAGUGAAUGUGACAAAUUGCAACUCACAUAACAAUCUUCUUAACAAUGUUUGGUACCAACCUGAAGAAGUAUUCCCUGUAUUUGGCACUCCUGAGGAUAGACAACAUAUCUUUUGGGUCCCUGUUGACCCUCGUUAUUAUGCAAUUGCUAAGAAACUCGAGGGUUUGAAACUUGUGGGGUGCUUAAACGCAACGACAUGUUUGAGUCAUCCACCCAAAGUAACAAGAGUAGCUAGAGGAAGCAGUGCAAGCAUAUACUUAGAUAAUGCAGCCUAUAGAAGUUUUAUGUACAACAAGUUUGAUGUUAGUCCUGUUGAAAUGGAAAGUGCUGCUGUGGCUCUCAUUUGUUACCAACAGAAGGUACCUUACAUCGUUAUCCGUGCCCUCUCCGACAUGGCCGGAGGUGGCACUUCAGAGUCCAACGAGGCAUCUACCUUCAUCACCCUUGCUGCGACCAACUCCGUUGAAGUCACAGUCCAAUUCAUCAACCAAUUGGCUACCAAAAAAUUAUAUCAAGAUGCUUGAUGUCUAUUAUUAGUAUGUUCAGUUUUUCGAAUUUGUCUCAAAAUAAGCAAAAAUCGACAAGAGAUUUGUUCCGAUCAAGUAUAACUUAUUUGUGAUUUUUCAAAUUUCAUUAAAAGUAUAUACUAUCCACUUGA